GUACCCAAGAUUCCGUCACGGCCGACGGCGGAAGGCCCUUCGUGAAGCGUUGAAGUUCCAUCUCUGCCAUCCUACGCAUACGACUCGGAAAACUUUCAAGCGUCCUCUCGUCACUCCCGCUUGCGCAGACAGAAUAUGCUCACGGCAGCCCCGGACUUUCUGCGCAGCAUCACCAUCAUGGCCUGUCCCAAAAUCACCGCCACCUGCUCGCUCUGUCUGACCUCAAGGCUGCGAACGUCUCAUUUACUCUGUAUCCCGCGGCUUAACACUCGCGUGCAAGGCCAUACAUUCACCUGGUAUCGCCUGAUGCUCUUCUUCACGGCCAAGGUCGCUCUGUCGUGGAUCGACGACAUUUCGAAUUCGUGCACACCUAGACUGCCCGCAAAACGGUCUAUGCUGAGCCUGGACAUACCAUCUCUGCGACUCUCUGCAGCUGCGAUCCCCACAAAAAUGAUGGUCGCAGACCUGGGUCUCGAGUCGGGACGUGUGUUGGCGAUUGGCACGCGAUAGUCAUUGGUCAGCGUGCCUCCGUUCCCAUGGCGGCGCUACUUGAAACCGGUCGUCGCCCUCCACGCAUUCGCCACAGAUGCAAACGCGUUUAGCACGGGACAAUGAUGGCUAAUCCCCUUCGUGUCGAUCGUGCACAUUGGCCUCGAGAUCUUCGUGCUUGCAUGCGCUCGUGUAAACUUGGUCGCACCUGAGCUCAAUGCUAUCUGUUCGUACCU